AUGGACAUUCGGAGGGGUAGGCCUAGAAACCGUGGUGGUGCCAGAAGAGGAGGUAGAGGUGGUAACCGAAUUAGGCGUAUGGAGGAUGUCUAUGAGGAAGAGUUGGAGGUACCACAUGUUGAGCAGCCGGUAUUACCCGCGGGUGUGGGUGAUGAUCCCGGUCACUUGUUAGUGUUAGCAAAGGAAAUUAACCGUUUGGGAGCAACCAAGUUUGGGGGAGGUACAGAUCAUAUGGUUGCAGAUCGGUGGAUUGAGGAUUUGCAGACCUACUUUGACUUGAUUGACUGUAGUGAGAUUGAGAAGAGAAAGCUAGCCGCCUUCAUGCUCAAGGAUGAGGCUAGAGUAUGGUGGAAUGUCACGCAGAGGAGUACUGAUGUAUCUACCUUGACUUGGGAUGGCUUUGAGAGGUUGUUCAGAGAGAAGUACUUUCCAGCAGCAGUGAGGGAAAGGUUAGAGCGGGAGUUCCUUACAUUGGUACAGGGGAAGAUGACAGUGAUUGAGUAUGAUGCAGAGUUCUCCAGGCUGUACAAGUAUGUGAAGCAAAUGGAUGAUGAGGAUUUGGCUAAGAAGUUUCAACGAGGGUUGAGUCCUUGGAUCGAGCGUGAUGUGGCCAUCUUAGAACUGAAAACGAGGAGGGAAAUCUUGGCUAAGGCACAGAUCAUUGAACAGCAGAACCUGAUUCGUAAAGAGAAGGAGUCAGCUGAGAGAGACUUCCAGGGAAAGGGAAAGGCAAUGGCAGGGAGCAGUAGGUCCCAAGACUUCAGGGGUAGUUUCUGGAAGAAACAGAAGACUCAGUCCCAACAUCAUGCCCCAGUUAGGGCAGUAGCAGCUCCUCCUAUUCAGGCUGUACCUAUCAGACGGAUGGCACCAGCAGCGCCUGUGAGGUGCUACAACUGUGGCGAGCAGGGCCACAUCUCUCGUGUGUGUACGAAACCACGUGGCAGAGUAUGCUACAGCUGUGGACAGACCGAACACCAGGCCAGGGAGUGUACCCGAAAUCAGGGUAGGGUGCAGGGAAACCAGCAAAGGCAGCUACCACCUGUACCUGCUAGAAUCUUUGCCAUUGGUCAGGCAGGCACGGGGGUGGAAGAAUAUGCUGAUGUGUUUAAGGAGAUACCAGGGUUGCCUCCAAAAAGGGUAAUGGACUUCUCCAUUGAUGUGAUACCAGGUACUGCCCCGAUAUCGAAAGCACCCUAUCGGAUGGCUCCAGCUGAACUUCAGGAGUUGAAGGUUCAGAUUGAUGGAUUACUGGCUCAAAGGUUCAUACAGGCUAGUGAUAUCCCAAAGACGGCGUUCAGGACCAGGUAUGGACAUUAUGAGUUCCUUGUCAUGCCUUUUGGUCUCACUAAUGCACCUGCAGCAUUCAUGGACUUGAUGAACCGCACGUUCAGUAUUUACUUGGAUCAAUUUGUGGUAGUGUUCGUUGACGACAUCUUGAUAUAUUCAAGGUCAUCAGAUGAGCAUGAGAAGCAUUUAAGAAUUGUGCUACAGACGUUGAGAGAGAAUAAAUUGUUUGCCAAGUUUGAGAAGUGCGAUUUCUGGCAGAAGGAAGUCAAGUUCCUUGGUCAUGUGGUUUCGAAGGAUGGAGUUUCUGUUGAUCCUUCGAAGGUUGAAGCAGUGAUGAGUUGGAGCCGCCCUACUACUGUUACUGAAAUCCGUAGCUUCCUUGGAUUGGCAGGGUACUACAGGCGCUUCAUUGAGGGGUUUUCUAGUAUCGCUUCAGCCUUGACUAAGUUGACAAGGAAGGACUCUCAAUUUAUAUGGACGGAUGAGUGUGAGAAGGCUUUCAACGAGCUGAAGACUAGGUUGACUACGGCUCCGGUCUUGACUAUUCCUACCAGUGGUGGUGGUCUAGUUAUCUACAGUGAUGCAUCUCAUCAGGGUUUGGGGUGUGUGUUGAUGCAGAAUGGUGGUGUUGUUGCUUACGGCUCUAGACAGUUGAAGGUGCAUGAACGGAACUAUCCCACUCAUGAUCUAGAGUUGGCCGCAGUGGUGUUUGCCUUGAAGAUUUGGAGACACUAUCUAUAUGGUGAGAAAUUCGAACUCUUUUCUGAUCAUAAGAGUUUGAAGUACCUAUUCUCCCAGAAGGAGUUGAACAUGAGGCAGAGGAGAUGGAUGGAGCUCAUCAAAGACUAUGAUUUCACUUUGGAGUAUCAUCCCGGAAAGGCCAAUGUAGUGGCUGAUGCUUUGAGUAGGAAGCCUCAAGUAAUCAUGGCAUCGCUCAUGGUGCAGGAGUGGCUCAUGUUGGAAGCAGCAUCGAAGUUUGAUCUUAUGCCCGCUAGAGUUGGACAUGAAAUCCUUCUCGGAAGUAUCACCUUACAGUCCACCUUGAUUUCUAGGAUCAUUCAGGGUCAGACACUUGAUGAGUUUGCCCAGGCGAGGAUCGCAGAGAUGACUGCUAAUCUGAAUGUGGAGGGCCCUUCUUAG